UUGAAACAGUAACGAAGGCGAGUAAAACUUGUUUAAUGUGAAGGAAUAUGAUAUAGCUUAAACAAAAUAGGGUUUGCUCAGUUCUGUGAUUUUGUGUGCACUACCGGCAAAAAAUAGACAUUAAAUGGAAGGGUAAUUCUUUAGUUCGUCCUGGUAAAAGGCAGUAGAACAACUGCUAGAACUAUCUAUUCAUGUCAUCCAGCAAAGCAGACACAAUGAACCAGUAACGUUAGCGUUAUUUCAGCACAUAAAAUCUAGGUGAUUAUUUCAGUCAGUCGCUGGUAAAGAUGGCGAGCCCGCUGCUGGAGUAUGAGACGGAGAUGUUUCUGAGUUUGUUCAGCACAGACGGACUGCUGAUCACAGCUGAGGGGCUCGGGAUCGACCGCAUUCUCUUACACUUCAUGAGAGUGUAUUCAGAGGAGGGCAGCCUGGUGCUCCUGUUAAACACAACCACUCCUGAACAGGAGUAUUUUACAGAGCAGCUCCGUACUGAAGGGGUGAGUCAUCUUCCCCAGACUGUGACCAGUGAUGUACAUAAUAAUGAAAGAUAUAAUGUGUACACUAAAGGAGGAGUUCUCUUUGUGACCAGCCGCAUCCUAGUGGUGGACUUCCUUACAGACCGAAUUCCUGCUCACCUCAUAACAGGAAUCCUGGUGUAUCGUGCGCAUAAGAUCAUUGAGUCUUGUCAGGAGGCUUUCAUUCUGAGACUUUAUCGGCAGAAAAACAAGACCGGGUUCAUCAAGGCCUUUACGGACAAAGCCACAUCCUUCUCUUCUGGCUUCUGUAAAGUCGAGCGUGUCAUGAGAAACCUGUUUGUGAAGAAGCUCUUUCUUUGGCCAAGAUUUCAAGCAUCAGUAAACACAACGCUGGACAAACACAAGCCGGAUGUGGUGGAGCUGCAUGUGUCUCUGACUCCAGCGAUGAGAGCCAUUCAGAGCUCUAUUCUGGACAUCAUGAACGCCUGCUUGAAAGAGCUGAAGCGCUACAAUCCCACUCUGGAAGCAGAAGACCUCUCUCUGGAGAACAGCCUGGGCACUUCCUUUGAGAAAACAAUUCGUCAUUAUCUUGACCCACUGUGGCAUCAGCUGGGGUCCAGGACCAAAUCUCUCGUUCAGGACCUGAAGAUUUUAAGAACCCUUCUCCUCUACCUCACUCAGUACGACUGUGUCACCUUCCUCAAUCUGCUGGAGUCUUUGAGAACCAGCCAGAAAAGUUUCGGUAGUAAUUCAGGUUGGUUAUUCUUGGACUCAAGCACAUCAAUGUUUGUAAAUGCUCGCAGUCGCGUGUAUCGCAUUCAUGAGUCAAAGAAGAAACUUAAAGUUGGAGAGACUGACCAGAAACAAAGUGCCCUAGCCCCUCCAAUAAGAGAGCUUGUGCUUGAGAAAAAUCCAAAAUGGAAAGCGCUAACAGAGGUGCUACGGGAGAUUGAGAAAGAAAACAGCAACUCUGAGCAUGAACCAGGCCGUGUGUUGAUAUGCGCCAGUGAUGACAGAACAUGCGCUCAGCUGAAAGAAUAUAUCCAAAAAGGAGCAGAGCAGCUACUGAAUCGCCUUUAUUCACGCACCAUUGGAAAAGAAGAUCCUCAGCCUGAUUUACUGAAGCUUGACAAAGGCUGGCCCAAGAAGGACUCCGCUAAGAGCAAAGGGAAAAAUGGGCGGCCUAAAAAAACCAAAACCAACUCAAAGAGACGAACAAAGAAUGAGAGACCGUCAAGAGUCUCUCAGAUGGAAAGGCAGGAAGAUGGAGCUGAAAAGAACCUAAUUGGAAACAGUGAAGAUGAAGGAAGGAUGGCUGAAGAGGAAGAGGAGGAAGAAGAAGAAGAUAUUCUUCUUGAUCUUUCUUCCGAUGACUACUAUGGCAUUCUUAAAGAGCCGUUGACUGUCAUUCACCCAUUGAAGGGAUGCAGCGACCCGUACAGUUUGACACGGGUGUUGCAUGAAGUUGACCCUAUGUUUGUUGUUUUGUAUGAUGCUGAACUCAGUUUUGUGCGGCAACUUGAGAUUUAUAAAGCCAGCAGGCCAGGAAAACCUCUCCGUGUGUAUUUUCUUAUAUAUGGAGGCUCGACAGAAGAACAGAGGUAUCUUACAGUCUUGAGCAAAGAAAAACAAGCAUUCGAGUACCUCAUAAGGGAAAAGGCCAGCAUGGUUGUGCCAGAAGAGAGAGAGGGUAGGGAAGACACCAACCUAGAUCUUGUCCGCAGUCAGGAACCUGCCAAUGCUGCCACCAACACCCGCAAAGCAGGGGGUCGUGAAGAGGUUAAAGAGCCUCAGCGAAUCAUAGUUGACAUGCGGGAGUUCCGCAGUGAGCUUCCUUCCCUUCUGCAUCAACGGGGUCUCGACAUUGAACCCGUCACCUUAGAGGUUGGCGACUACAUAUUGACUUCAGAGAUCUGCGUGGAGCGCAAAAGUGUCAGCGACCUCAUUGGUUCCCUGCAGAGUGGGCGUCUCUACACACAGUGCCUCUCUAUGACUCGAUUCUAUCGCCGUCCCGUGCUGCUUAUCGAGUUUGACCCCGCGAAGCCUUUCUCCCUGGUGGCCCGCAGUGACUUUCGUCAGGAGAUCUCUGCCAGUGACGUCACCUCCAAACUGACCCUCCUCACCCUCCAUUUCCCCCGCCUGAGGCUGCUCUGGUGCCCGUCUCCCUAUGUGACAGCAGAGCUGUUUCAGGAGCUCAAACACGGCCGCCCGGAGCCUGAUGCUGCUACAGCUCAGGCCGUUACUGCGGAAUCAGAGAUGGUGACAGAAUCAGCAGACCUGUACAACCCCGGCCCUCACGACUUCUUGCUACGUAUGCCUGGAGUCAAUGUGAAAAACUUCAAGAGCCUUAUAAAACACGCUUCCUGUCUGGCUGAUCUUAUAACAUUUAGUCAGGAAAAGCUCAGUGAGAUAUUGGGCAGUAGUAGCAACGCCAGGCAGCUUUAUGAAUUCCUACACAAUCCAAUGGAUGUGGUGCCUGUUCAGAAAAACAAGUAGACAUCGUAAAGAAGAAAAGUAUUUACAUCGUAAUCUCAGGUUUGUUAAUUGUGCCUUGUCAAAAGGGAUUAAUAUUCAUAUCUAUUAUGAAAUUGUUGUGUAAAAUGCAGUGAGUGAAUUAUUGUAUUUCUUAAUAUUGAAAGGGAUAGUUCACCCAAAAAAAGAAAAAUCUGUCAUUAAUUACUCAC